CUGUUCACGAUGUUCGCCAUCUCAAGGGAGAGGCGGGCCCCGCUUCCUUUGAGGGGAAGAGGAGGGCCUCGCCCUUUGCGGGAAGGCAGAGUGGGUCAACUCUAUCCGGAACGCCUUCCGGGAAUCGUUCCCGGCGAGGUCCGUGCGGGACGAGGAGGAAGUGGGCAGCCUGGUGCGUGAAGAGGACACGGCCCGGCGAUGAUCUGCCGCCCAGCCUUGGCCCGCCUGCUGGUUUUGUGGCUCGCUGGCGUGCUCGCCCCCCUCUACCAAGGAAGGGCCCGGGCGGGCCCGCUUGCUCGUAUUGUUGUCCCGCUGGCUCUUCUUCGGAUUGGGGCCAUUGGGAGGAACCGUUGGGCGGCCGCCGGAAGCAGGCGCGCGCCUGCGCGCCGCGUGGGGCUUGGGUGCGUUGCCAGAGCAUGUAGCCGCGCGUGGGCGCUGCCUCGCCUGCUGGCUAGGUAGCUAGGUAAGUACGCACGCCGGCGCCAUCGAUCCGACCGGGGCUUGCUGGCGCGGUGUGGCGCCGUCCUUGGCCGUCUUGCUCGCUUGCUUCAUACAUCCUCCCCGCCUGCCCUCCGCCUUGCCUCCUUUCUUAGCCGGCGAGGGCAGGAGACAGAGGGUUGCCAGCGGGUGUGGGCCUGCAGCCAGGAUUUGCUCAACUUAUUGGAGCUGCAAGCCCAGCGUGGGCGACAAUGUUCUUUCUCAGGAAGAAAUACGCACGAUAGAGCAAGGGCAAGCGCCCGCACACAGAAGAAGCAUCUAUGUCUGGUGAGUUCCGCUCGGGCGCUUCUUUAGGGGUCGCUUGGGAGAUGUUCCUCGCAACGCCCGCAAAUCGCUACUCCCAGUAUUGGUUUGUCAAGAUCUUGUUG